GGUCCGGAAAGACAUUUUCUUCCGAGCCGAAGUUCGCUUUCGCCAAAACAACAGCAAUGAAGGUACGGUCGGCAGUUAAGAAGAUGUGUGAGUUUUGUAAGACGGUUAAACGUCGUGGUCGUGUUUAUGUAUUAUGCACAGCUAAUCCUAAACAUAAGCAACGACAAGGCAUGUCAACAUUUUCAUAUGAAGGCCAGCCUCCUCCUACGUCUUUGGAUAUGAGUACCAAACUGGAUAACUUUUCAGGUCACAACUUCAGGGCUGGUCUGGCUUCUCUCACACCAAAAAGGCCGGACUCUUCAAUAAUGUAUGGAUGGAGGGUAGGCCUCGCAUCCAUCCUGUCCAAAAAGGCCAAUUAGCAUCCGUUCUAUGUGGAAGGGCAAGAAUGAAAUGGGACGGGGACAAAGUUUGAUGAGGAACAAAUGUUACUGAUUUUUGCCUUGUGUAAUUUUGUUUCUGUGCUGCUAUGCUUAUUUUGUCAACUCUUGACCUUAUUUUUUAUGUUCUGUUCAAUCUGAUGCUAUAUUCUACAGCUAUAGUUGAAAGGGAUGGUUAAAAAA